UGAGAUUACAAUCAUAGGUUACGAGCAUCAGGUCCAUUCUGCCAAAGAAGCCAUACUGAGGAUUGUCAGGGAACUGGAGGAGCAGAUCACUGAUGAAUUGGAUAUAGACCACAGAGUCCACAGUAGAUUGAUUGGAGCCAAAGGAAAAGCUAUUGCUAAAGUUAUGGAGAAUUUCAAUGUCAUGAUUCGAUUUCCAAAAGACAAGACUGGGUCUGUUGUCACGGUAACUGGUCUUGAGGAGAAUGUUGAAGAUGCCAAAGAACAUUUGCUGCUCUUAGCCGAGGAAUAUAUGCAGGAUGUCAUUGAGAAGCAGGAGGAACAGGAUCUCUUGAACCAAUACACCAGACGUACUGCAAAACCGCUUGAAGAUACGGCCAAGGGGUCUCGUACAGGUUAUGUUGUUAAGGGGGCCCCCUGGUCCGGGUCUGAGGGAGAUGAAUUUCCAGCUAUAGGGGGUCCGGCUAAUACCUCUAAAGCUCCUACUUGGGGUCCAUCCAGUCUCGGGCCUAAACUAUAAACUG